GUCAAAGCUAAAAACAUUAAAAUUUGAGUUCUUACACAGCUUUCGAGAGUUUGUUUGUUCUAGCUUUUAUGUCUGUUCUCCGUGCUUUGGUCUUCAUGUCUCAGGUCUUUAUCACUUGUUACGCUAUACGUUUGCGUUCGUUUUCUGCCCCCAACGAUGGACUACGUCUCUGCGAAAGCUGAAUCGUUUUCGCCUGAUGUGACGCAUCACACAAACGGUCCGACACGGGAAAGUGAGUCCAUCUUUGUCACCCUUUUGCGUACAGAGGCAAUUAUCAAAGUGACGCCACAAGUUCUUGUCCGCCACAGUUGCGUGGGAACGUAAGAGACGGGUAGCUGACAUUACCCAACCUUGCAUGAUCGCACACAUUUGUAGCCGAUCAUUUUUUCUCCGCUGCCGCUGUCGUGUCGCAGCAGUCAGUUUUUAUUCAAGAUGGCGAACGUACGGGAUAGCGACAUUUCACUGUGGCUACACAAUAAGCUUGGUACAUCAAACGAUUCGUGGAUUAGCGGUUCUAUCAUAUCACAGCUGAACAAGGAAGUGCUGCGGAACAUCAAGGAGUGUUUUCCGGAUCUUCAGACGCAGGUGAAGCUGAAACUGCUGCUUAGUUUUUUCCACAUCCCGCGGAGGAUUGUCGAAGAGUGGAAAACCGAAUUGGACGAAGUGAUUGAAGUUGCUGGCCUAGAUUCGGAACUAUGGGUGUCGAUGAUUGCGGAAACAAUCAAAACCCUCCCGACGACGGGAUCCCUCAACACAGAAAUCUCCGACUACGAAGAAACCCGACCAAUUUUCACCGACAUGGUCAACGAGCUGCGGCGGCUGGUGGUUAAAAAUGCCGACCUAGGUCUGCUGCCGCUUGAGUGUCAGUAUCUCAACAAAUCCGCCCUGGUUUCGGUGGUUGGUCAACAGUCGACUCCGGUGAAGCACUUUACGCUGAAAAGGAAACCGAAGAGUCAAAACCUGCGCGAAGAACUGGAGCAGAAGUCAAAGGACGCCCAGAGCUGUCUGAAGAAAAUUUCUGCCCCAACAGUGCCUUUGAGAUCUCGAGGAAUUCCCAGGAAAAUGACUGAUACCACCCCGCUGAAGGGGAUUCCUUCGAGGGUCCCCACCGGGGGAUUCAGAUCACCAGCAACAUCGCAGGGACCUAAUCGACCCAGUAUGAGUCGGAUGCCUGCUGGAAGGAAAGAGGGUGGUGUCAAAUUGCUGGAAAUAGGAGAACAACCUCUAGGGUAUGCUGCAGCCAAGAAGCGGAAAAGGGAACAGGAACGCGAGGAACAGCAGAAGAAGGCAGCUGAACAGGCAAGUGCCCAAGCCAGUCAGGAUGUAAAACCGAUUAUUACGACUCCGACGACAUCGACUGUGACAACUACGACUCCGGAUUACGCUGCCGGACUUACUGCUAGUACUGUUUACAGUCAACCGGCAACACCUAUGCCAGCUACGACGAUCAAGGAAACGGUAGUUCCGUCAGUGGCACCGCAACCGGUACAGAUUCAGCCACCUCAAGUUGUGGAAAUCAAGCAAGAAAUCAAACAAGAGAUCAAAACGGAGCCAAUGUUAACAUCUACUGUGCCAGUACAAACUGUUCCGAUUGUUUCAUCAACUCCGAUACAGCACACGGCACCUCCAGUUCCUCCCUUGGCCUACACUUCUCCUCAGCCUCAGAAGCUCAUCAGUAUCAAAACGGAACCAAGUUCAUCUAUUCCAAUGUCUAUUUCCUCCAACCCACCAUCUCUGGUUCGGUCAGUAACACUCCCGACUACCACUCAUAUAAAGACCCAGCCCCAGCACCACUUGCAGCAGCUUCCCACCGUUGCCAGCUCAGUACAAAUGAUCCAAAAUGCCGGAACAACCAUCGCCAGCAAACCGACUACAGUUGCUCCAAAGAUUGAGAUAAUCUCGUCUAAAACAAUUCAGCCUGGCACCAUUCAGGCAUCGAUCCCUAAAUCAACCACCAUAAUAAACCAGGGCGGAAACAUUCUGUUUACUACGAAGCAGGUUCAACCGAAUACCACGUCGUCAACCGGCGGAACGACCAUCAUCCAACAAAAGCCAGGAACCUACGUCCUGAACACAUCCCCACCUGGUAAACAAAUUAACAUCCAACGACUGAUCACCAAUUCCAACGCAGCCGCCGGAACGCCAACUCUGACAACCACAAUCUCCCGGGCUCAACACCAACAACAAUUGAUUCAAGCUCAACAUCAAACCCAGCAACAGCAAAUUCAGCAACCAACGACCCCAACGAGAAUCGUUCAAAUCAAAACGGCACCUACGGUAUCUCUGAACAACAGUCAGCUAAUGCAGAAUAUUCCUCCGCUUAUCUCAACACAACACCCUGGUUCCGGAACACAGCCAACCAUUCUCAACAUUCAAACCAUUCAACAACAACAGCAGCAACAGCAACAACUACAAAUCCAGCAGCAACCCACCACUCCACAGAAGCGAACAAUUACAAUCACUGCUCAAAGUCCGCAAAACAACAACAUGAUCGCCACGUCCGUGGCCCAGAUCCUCCAACAGCAGCAACAACUUCAACAACAGCAGCAACAACAACAAACCAUACAAACUACUUCCAUUGUGACCGGUUCUACCCAGCAGCCCAAAUACGCUCAAGUUGUCAUGUCCCCGAACGUAAAGGGCAAAACCAUAUUCCUAACCAAUCCCUCAAACAUCCCCAACGUUCUCAAUCAAAAGGGCGUUAUACUACGCACGGUGGAUCCUUCCGGAAACACCGUCUAUCAGCAAAUCCCGCUCCAGAAUGUUUCCGGUUUGAGCGGGGCCACCAUCAUCAGCGGUGGUCCCCCGGGCUUGGUUAAAACCGAACCCGACACCAAACCCCAGCUCAGUCAAAUCCCGGCCCUGGUCCCUACCAGUUCCCUGCACCAAAACAUCCCCGCUUUGACACCGGUUGUGCUCCAGCAGUCACAACAAACGCAACAAACUUCAACCAUCCCGGCUUUAAUCACCAACAUCUCCCAGCAAGGUCAACAACAGCAACAGCAAAUCAAGACCUCUCCCCAAACAAUGACCAUUAUCCGACCCGUCACUGGAAAUAACGUCCAAACGGUUCUCCCGCAAGGCCUAACCCUCAUACAGCGACCGGGUCAACAGCCACAGCUGGUCCAGACCAUUCAGGCGGGCGGAGGGCAAACGCAGGUACAGCAGCAGCCCCAAACCCGGACCAUCAUUACGCAGAUCCCGCAGCAGCAACAUCAGCAGCAAACACAAGUGCAACCUCAGCGCACCAUACAGUUCCAAGCGGCAGGAACUCCGCGGGCCGGAGGUACCACCAUACAGUUGGUGCAGCAGCCGCAACAAGAGCGCACCAUUGUACAGCAACAGCCACAGCAAAUUCAAAUCCAGCGAACACAGAUCGCCCCUCAGCAGCAACAGGGUACCACGGUCACCAUUCAGCAAAAUGCAACCGGAAUCGGGCAACAGCAGCCGCAGGUUCAACAGCAAGUCACUCGCAAGGGACUUUCCUUAUCGAACAAACAUGUCAUAGAAGCGCACGACAUGUUCAAGCGCGCCAACAGGGUGUCACGUGUGGAAAAGGCAUUGAUCCUCGGAUUUAUGGCUGGUUAUCGGGAUAAUCCGCGGCCAAAUCCGGAGAAUAUCGUCACCAUCAAACUGAACGAAAGCCAGGAAAAGGUUCUCCAAGCGGACGACACGCAAGCCGUCAUGCUGGUCGAGUCGCUCAUUACCCUGGACUACAACACGGGCGAGUGGAAGACGUUCCGAAAGUACCGCGAACUGGAUCCCUCGCAGCAGCAUGACGCGACAGUGGGUGGAACCACCACCGGUCAGGGUCAGCCAGCGACAGCCCAGCAAAACUCGGUGGUUAUUUAAUAUUUAGCGUAGCAAAACAAACAAAAGCGUGAUAGUCGAGCCGUGAAGAAGGAGUAGAUUAGUAAGGAAUGAGUGUGGGUUCAAAAGUAUAACUAUUUAGUUGGUAGGAUAUGCCUUGCAGUAUGUGGGAAAUUCAGAAUAAAUGCGUCGUACUGUGUAAUUGUAAUUAUAUUAUGCGUUAUGUUAUAUCUACUUUUUCUAUUAUUGAAAAUGAUAUCCCUCUGUUGUUGUAGUUGCUAUGUAUCGAUGGCAUAUAUAGGCAUAAAGUGCAAAUAUCUAUUUUCAUCUCAUGAAAUAAAAUCCACGCUGUAUUAGGGACCGCAGUACUGAAAAGCUUAGGUACUAAAGGUAGAAAACCAACAUAACAAUAGGAGCCAAUAUGCCGUAUACUUUCAAAUCAGGAAACAGUCGAAUCAUUUGCGUGUUGGAAACCUAAGCUAAAAUCAUAGUGUUAGAAAACAAAUAUCCACUCAGAAACAAUAGAAGCUACACUGGAAUCGUCACCACUGGUUCUUAUUUCCUAUAACUGCUAAUCGGACUAGUGUUUCCUCAUCCUUAUCCGGCAAAUUAUUGUAUAAAGAACGCAGAGUUAAUUGGUAUGUGCCGUGUAUAGAUGCAGGACUCUGUCAAUGCUUGAGAAUCCAUUCGUAGUGACCACCCACAUGGGAAUAGACGAAGAAACAAGAAAAUACGGUUCGACAAAUACAGCAGCAGUAGCGGAAGUUUUUAUGUUAGUAGUAAAAUGAACUAUUGAAAAUUAUUAUGUACAAUUACUAAUCGCUAAAAAUGCUAAAAGUGAAAACGAUAAAACAGCAUGCAGGAAAUAAUAUUGAUUAUUGAAAUAUUAUUUUAUCAUCUCUUUAGGAUAAAAAAAGUACGAUGAUUGUGUAUAUUCCAAGAAGUGCAGCCGUAUAAAUUGCAAAAAAGUGUAAAAA